CACAGGACAUGUCACGGAUACUUUGUUCGUUUUGAGAGGGUCUUUGUCGCCCGCUUGUGUUUGUUCGGGCGGGCUUCCUGGCGUAGAACCAAGUGCAAUAGACUGAACUCCGAGGAACCGAUCAUCCGCUGUGGAGCUGGGGGCAUCAUGUCCAACAUCAAGGGCGUCGUCUUCGACAUUGGCGGCGUUGUCGUUGGCAGUCCAAUCGUUGGCAUCAACAAAUACGAGAAAUCUCACGGCCUGCCUCAUCACUACCUCAACCAUGCCAUCACGAUGCGAGGCCAAAAUAGCGCAUUCCAGCGCUUCGAACGGAAUGAACUCGAUCUAUACACUUUCUACGAGCAAUUCGGACGAGAGCUGAGCGAUGCGCCAACGCUGAAUGAGUGGUACCUACAGUACUGCAAGAACCGAGGCAUAGAUGUACCGAGCCUGCCAGAUUCAAUACGGGUCGACGGGCGAGAGCUCUUCGGCAUCAUGAUGCAAGAAUCUCUGAAUCCUGAUCGCAAUGUCCUCACAGCCGUUCGACGGUUAAAGCAAUCAGGCAAAUUCCGCAUUGCAGCGUUGACAAACAACUUUUCGGCCCCGAAGACUACGGAUCCUCGGCCGCAGAAGGGCAAGGAACGAUCGCUGGAAGAGGAGCUUGCGUUCAUCGGGAUGGGCGAGAAGGGCAAGGACCUCAAAGCUGAAUUCGACAUGUACAUCGAAAGUGCCAUCGUCGGCAUGAGGAAACCGGAUCCACGAUUUUUCAAGUACGCACUAGAUCAGCUGCAGCUCAAGCCGGAAGAGACAGUCUUUCUGGAUGACAUUGGCAUCAACCUAAAAGCAGCAGCCUCCCUCGGGAUCAACACAAUCCGCGUCGAGCCGCUCUCUUCUCUCCCUGCGCUGCGCAAGCUCGAGGCAUUCACGGGGAUGAAGCUGGUCGAUGACGAGGUGGCACGAGAAGAGGAGGAGCGCGUCAGGGGAUUGCUCAGACAGAAGCUGAAGGGCACGGACGACAAGGCUAGGCUGUAAGAAUUAAUAUAUGCCAUAUACCUUUCUAUGCGCGUGCGUAGCCCAAGAGAUGCAGAUCAC